AUCAAGAAGCUUGCAGAGAAGGCCUUCCCGUCAAGCUCCCAGAGAUCCUACCUCUUCGAGGCCUGGAUCACAUCCUCGGAGAGCUGGAAAAACUCCAAGCUCCUGGUGGCCUUGAAGAGUCGCAGCAAGCACGCGCGCCGAGGCCUUCGGCGUUGGUACACGUUCGACGAAAUGGUCAAAAGAUGGGGCACUGACAUCGCGGAGGAUAUCAAGAACACGAAGCUUGGUGACGAGAAGUUGAAGGAGCGAGAGGACAUGGUCCAGUAUCUCUGCCUCGCCGAUGAUACCGAAGAGCAGGAGGAUGCUGAGGAGCUCGAGAAGAUUAUCCAGUUCGAGGACAGCGGCUCGGAGAAU